GGAACAGUUUGUAACUCGAUUUUUAUUGAAGGAGACCUUGAAUCAGCUGCAGUCUCUCCAGAAUUCUCUGGAAUGUGCCAUGGAAACUACGGAGGAGCAAACCCGUCAAGAAAGGCAAGGGCCGACCAAGCCGGAAGUCCUGUUGAUCCAGUGGCCUGGAAAGCGGUCAAGUCGCCGAGUCCAGAGACACAACAGCUUCUCCCCCAAAAGCCCCCAGUUUAGUGCCUGCGGUUCAGGCUCAUUAGAAGAAGACAACCAGUGGAUGACCCAGAUCAAUAGACUCCAGAAAUUAAUUGAUCGACUGGAAAAGAAGGAUCUCAAACUUGAACCACGGGAAGAAGAAGUUAUUGAAGGGAAUACUAAAUCUCACAUCAUGCUGGUGCAGCGGCAGAUGUCUGUGAUCGAGGAGGACCUGGAGGAAUUCCAGCUUGCCCUGAAGCACUAUGUAGAGAGCGCUUCCUCCCAGAGCGGCUGUCUGCGCAUUUCCAUACAGAAGCUUUCCAAUGAAGCUCGCUACAUGAUUUAUGAGUUUUGGGAGAACAGUAGUGUGUGGAAUAGCCACCUUCAGACGAACUAUAGCAAGACAUUCCAAAGAAGUAAUGUGGAUUUCUUGGAAACUCCAGAACUCACGUCUACUAUGCUAGUUCCUGCUUCAUGGUGGAUCCUGAACAACUAGAUGCUCCCAGACAUGUUCCAUAUGGUUCCAAGUGCAAAACAAAGAGAAAAGGCCACAGGAAGACACCGUAAGAAGGUGCCUACAGCAAACCAAGGAGAGGCCUCAAAGAAAUCAACCCUGCUAGCACCGUGGUCUUGGACUUCUGCUCUAGAACUGUGAGAAAAUGCCUUUCUGUUAUUUAAAAAAAAAAUUAAUACAUGAGCUUACAACAAUCUUGGCUACAAUCUACAGACUAUAUACUUGUCAUGGUUUUUUGCAAGUGAUAACAAUUCUGUGAUAGUUAUGGCACUAUUUAGUAAUAUUAACACCAUUAUAUCAUUUAUUAGCAUCAUAAUUCCUUGUAAGUUCAACAAAUCAAGAAAAGAGGAGAGUCUUAGUUUGAGAAAAUCAGGUUCAAAUUUUUUGGCAUAUGAUUCAGAGGACUAAUUUUCUUAUAAAGAAAGACAUUUGCACUUUCAAAAUAUUUAAAAAACAAAAUUUUAAUCUAAGUGAACAAGGAAAAAUAUAAAUUAGGGAAUAAAAUGUGGAAGGUAUUGGACAGAAAACAUUUCCCAGUUUCAACACUAGAAUGACAAUUCUAAUUUCAGUAGCACAUUAACCUUGUACCUAAUAUACUCUUCUGUAUAAGGUCAGAUAUUACAUAUUGUUAGAAUCUAUCCUGAUAAAUGCUGCUAGUGAAAAUGCAGUACAUACAGGAGUUUGUUCCCAUGUUAUUCUCUAAUCCAAAUUCCUUUGAAACCACAGGUCUUCAAGGAAAAAACUAUAAUUUUCUUUUUUUUUUCUGUUAGAAAACUCAGAAGAUUGAACUAAAUUUUAUUUUUUAAAUAUAAAAUUUGACCAAAAAUAUUUUCUCAAACUUUGUGUACCCUCCAUUCUCACUCUAAAUAUUUUUUCAUAGCUUUUACUAGACAAGGGCAGUAAAUUUUGACAUAUAUACACGUACACAGACACAAAUGUUGUGUGUGCAUGUGUAUAUAUGUGUGUAUGUCUCUGGUCAUUUCUAAAGAUGACAAACACUGAAACAACACCUGGCUCAACUCUUUUAAUUUAUAUACAAAGCAGAGAACAUUAAUGGAGAUGUACACUGAUUAUUCAAACAAACUAUACAUAUGUACAAAGGCAAACAGGUAAUAGCACAGUCUUUGCGGUCUCACUCUGAUUAUAUACAGUGACUUCUGACAUACUCUUCUUGAAAAGGCUGGUUAUAAAUGGUUUCAAAAAAAUACAAAUUAUAGCCAAUAAAAAGAUAGUAUUAGAUUCAGAAAGUACCUCAGUCUUCUGUCUUCUGAGUAUGAGGCAGUUUCUAAAGUACUGGUGGUAUGACUUCAGAAAGGUCUCUGCCUUUAGUAACAGUGCUGAGCAGAAUGCCUGUUAAGAUCCCAAACUAGAAUAGUUUCUAUCAUAGUUUUUUUAACUAGAGUCAAAAACAACUUGAGAAUAGGUAAGUAAUAAAGCAAACCAAUUUUGUUAUGUGGUAAUACUGAUCCCAGCUCUUACACACAUUACACAUAAACUUUUAUGUGUGUGAGAAUAGACAAUGUAUACAUAUAGAAUGGGAAAAUAGGACAGAAAAUAAAUGAAAAAUCUGGGCCCUAGGUAUAAAUGUAUCACUUUUAAUUAACCCAUAAAUUUAUGGUGGUUUUUUCCUUUUAAAAAAUCUUUUUCUGGGGAACAAAGGAAUGAAAACUAGUGUAGUAAAAGACCAAGAUAGGAAGCUUCCCAUGGACUAAAAGCUUAAAUCUAGGUAAUAAGCCCAAAGACCGGUGAGGAGAAAGGUACUGGUUUUAGGAGUUCAGAAUUCAGCUUAAGGUAAACUUUCUGCCAAAUGAUGGUCUUGAAUGCCUUCCCAGCAGACCUGGGGAUCUGACAAAAUAAAAGUAGGGAAAGUUUACACUUACCUUUACAUCAGCAAAUUUUUUUUUUUUUACAAAAUGCAGGAAUUUAUUAUAUAAAAUUUCUAGGAGCUAAAAGUUUAAAUCCCCAAAUUCUUCAUCCAUUUGUGUUUUUGUUACAAGAAAUUUCGAAUUAAAACUUAAUGUGCCUCAAUUAUUUGCAAAUGCCUACAUUUUUCCUUUUGGAAAUAAUAUCAGUUUCAUUUUGGAAUUUGCCCAACUUCUUCUGUUCAUGUAGUCUGAUUAGAGAAAACCAGUAGCAGCUAUGUUUCACGGUUUCCAAAUUGUCAAACAAUGUUAUCAAAAAACUAGAGACCAAAGAACUGCCUGUUAAAACAUUGUUUUCUGUCAUGGAUAACUAUGCAUUGAACAUCCUGAAUCAUUCUAAGCCUCUGGAGAGAUUGUAAAGCUCCUUUCAAAGUGCUGGAAUGAAAUCAGUGGCAAUCAGAACAAAAGCAACUUUUUAAAAGCAACAAGAAAUUAUGUACCAUAUAUACAUCAUAGCAAAUACUUUAUAUUUGAGAAUCUUUACAGCUUACAUUUCCAGUCCAUUAUUACAAGAGAUGAAAAACAAAAAAAAAACUGCAAGUAGCAUGCAAAUUAUAAAUACAGUCUUC